CCAGUUCGUUUUGGAAGUGGCUCAGUGCGCAGAUUGCACGGAUAUCCAGAGUGCUGAGAGCCCAGUUUGGGGCAGCCAUGGAGGAUUCCUCUGAGGCCAGCAAGGCUGUGGAUGCCAACGCUCACUCGCGCUUCAUCAUCGGCUCCGUGUCCGAGGACAACUCUGAGGAUGAGACCAGCUCCCUGGUGAAGCUGGACCUGCUGGAGGAGAAGGAGAGGUCCCUGUCCCCUGCCUCGGUCUGCUCCGACUCCCUCUCGGACCUGGGGCUCCCGCCCAGCAUGUCUGGUUUGCACCUUGUCAAGCAGGGCCGGGACAGGAAGAAGGUGGAUGUGCAGCGGGAUUUCACCGUGGCGUCUCCAGCAGAGUUUGUGACUCGCUUUGGAGGCAAUAAAGUUAUUGAGAAGGUGCUGAUAGCCAACAAUGGCAUUGCAGCAGUGAAGUGCAUGAGGUCCAUCCGCCGCUGGUCCUACGAGAUGUUCAGGAACGAGAGGGCCAUCAGGUUCGUGGUCAUGGUCACCCCUGAGGACCUCAAAGCCAAUGCAGAGUACAUUAAAAUGGCAGAUCACUACGUGCCCGUGCCAGGAGGACCCAACAACAACAACUAUGCAAACGUGGAGCUCAUCCUGGACAUUGCCAAGAGGAUCCCAGUGCAGGCUGUGUGGGCUGGCUGGGGCCAUGCAUCAGAGAACCCCAAACUGCCAGAACUUCUGCACAAAAAUGGGAUUGCAUUCAUGGGUCCUCCCAGCCAAGCCAUGUGGGCCUUAGGAGAUAAAAUUGCCUCUUCCAUCGUGGCUCAGACUGCUGGCAUCCCAACUCUUCCCUGGAGUGGCAGUGGGCUGCGAGUGGACUGGCAGGAGAACGACCUCCAGAAGCGCAUCCUGAGCGUUCCCCAGGAGCUCUACGAGAAGGGCUACGUCAGGGAUGCUGAUGAUGGCCUCAGGGCUGCUGAGGAGGUUGGCUACCCUGUCAUGAUCAAGGCCUCUGAAGGAGGAGGAGGAAAAGGGAUCAGGAAAGUGAACAAUGCAGAUGACUUCCCCAACCUGUUCAGACAGGUUCAAACAGAGGUGCCAGGCUCCCCCAUCUUUGUGAUGAGGCUGGCCAAGCAGUCCAGGCACCUGGAGGUGCAGAUCCUGGCAGACCAGUACGGCAACGCCAUCUCGCUCUUCGGCCGCGACUGCUCCGUGCAGCGCCGCCACCAGAAGAUCAUCGAGGAGGCCCCAGCCUCCAUUGCCACCUCGGCAGUGUUUGAGCACAUGGAGCAGUGUGCAGUGAAGCUUGCCAAGAUGGUGGGCUAUGUGAGUGCAGGCACUGUGGAGUACCUGUACAGCCAGGAUGGCAGCUUCUACUUCCUGGAGCUGAACCCACGCCUGCAGGUGGAGCAUCCCUGCACUGAGAUGGUGGCAGAUGUCAACCUGCCAGCAGCACAGCUCCAGAUUGCCAUGGGGAUCCCCCUGCACAGGAUCAAGGACAUCAGGGUGAUGUAUGGAGUUUCCCCCUGGGGGGACACAACCAUUGACUUUGAGAACUCGGCCCACGUGCCCAGCCCUCGUGGGCACGUCAUCGCUGCCCGCAUCACCAGCGAGAACCCUGACGAGGGGUUCAAGCCCAGCUCUGGCACAGUCCAGGAGCUGAAUUUCCGCAGCAAUAAGAAUGUCUGGGGCUAUUUCAGCGUGGCUGCUGCAGGAGGGCUCCACGAGUUUGCUGAUUCCCAGUUUGGUCACUGCUUCUCCUGGGGGGAGAACCGUGAGGAAGCCAUCUCGAACAUGGUGGUGGCUCUGAAGGAGCUGUCCAUUCGAGGGGACUUCAGGACCACUGUGGAAUACCUGAUCAAGCUGCUGGAGACAGAGAGCUUCCAGCAGAACCGCAUUGACACGGGCUGGCUGGACCGGCUCAUUGCUGAGAAAGUGCAGGCUGAGAGGCCUGACACCAUGCUGGGCGUGGUGUGUGGGGCCCUGCACGUGGCUGACGUGAGCUUCCGAAACAGCGUCUCCAACUUCCUGCACUCCCUGGAAAGGGGCCAAGUCCUCCCUGCUCACACUCUGCUCAACACGGUGGACGUGGAGCUCAUCUACGAGGGACGGAAAUACGUGCUGAAGGUGACCAGGCAGUCUCCCAACUGCUACGUGGUGAUCAUGAACAGCUCCUGCGUGGAGGUGGACGUGCACCGCCUGAGCGACGGCGGGCUGCUGCUCUCCUACGACGGCAGCAGCUACACCACCUACAUGAAGGAGGAAGUGGACAGGUACCGCAUCACCAUUGGGAACAAGACCUGUGUGUUUGAGAAGGAGAACGAUCCCUCCAUCCUGCGCUCCCCCUCCGCAGGGAAGCUGAUCCAGUAUGUGGUGGAGGAUGGGGGACACGUGUUUGCAGGCCAGUGCUUUGCAGAAAUUGAGGUGAUGAAGAUGGUGAUGACCAUAACAGCAGGGGAGUCAGGCUGCAUCCACUAUGUCAAACGCCCGGGGGCAGUCCUGGACCCAGGCUGUGUGAUUGCCAAGCUGCAGCUGGAUGAUCCCAGCAGGGUUCAGCAGGCUGAGCUGCACACAGGCACCCUGCCCCAGAUCCAGAGCACAGCCCUGCGGGGUGAGAAGCUCCAUCGCAUCUUCCACUACGUGCUGGACAACCUGGUGAACGUGAUGAAUGGCUACUGCCUGCCAGAGCCCUUUUUCAGCAGCAAGGUGAAGGGCUGGGUUGAGCGGUUGAUGAAGACCCUGAGGGAUCCUUCUUUGCCCCUGCUGGAGCUCCAGGACAUCAUGACCAGCGUUUCUGGGAGGAUCCCACCCAACGUGGAGAAGUCCAUCAAGAAGGAGAUGGCGCAGUAUGCCAGCAACAUCACGUCGGUGCUCUGCCAGUUCCCCAGCCAGCAGAUUGCCAACAUCCUGGACAGCCACGCGGCCACGCUGAACCGCAAGUCGGAGCGCGAGGUUUUCUUCAUGAACACGCAGAGCAUCGUGCAGCUGGUGCAGAGGUACCGCAGUGGCAUUCGGGGCCACAUGAAGGCCGUGGUGAUGGAUCUGCUCCGGCAGUACCUCAAGGUGGAGACUCAGUUCCAGCACGGUCACUAUGACAAGUGUGUCUUCACCCUUCGUGAGGAGAACAAGAGUGACAUGAACGCCGUGCUCAACUACAUCUUCUCCCACGCCCAGGUCACCAAGAAGAACCUGCUGGUCACCAUGCUCAUUGACCAGCUGUGUGGCCGUGACCCCACGCUGACAGACGAGCUGAUCAAUAUCCUCACAGAGCUGACCCAGCUCAGCAAGACAACCAACGCCAAGGUGGCGCUGAGGGCACGGCAGGUGCUCAUUGCCUCCCACCUGCCCUCCUACGAGCUGCGCCACAACCAGGUGGAGUCCAUCUUCCUGUCAGCCAUCGACAUGUACGGCCACCAGUUCUGCAUUGAGAACCUGCAGAAACUCAUUUUGUCUGAGACAUCCAUCUUUGAUGUGCUUCCCAACUUCUUCUACCACAGUAACCAGGUGGUGAGAAUGGCAGCUUUGGAGGUGUACGUGAGGAGAGCCUACAUUGCCUACGAGCUGAACAGCGUGCAGCACCGCCAGCUGAAGGACAACACCUGCGUGGUGGAGUUCCAGUUCAUGCUGCCCACCUCCCACCCCAACAGAGGGAACAUCCCCACCCUGAACAGGAUGUCCUUCUCCUCCAACCUCAACCACUAUGGGAUGGCUCACGUGGCCAGUGUCAGCGACGUGCUGCUGGACAACUCCUUCACGCCGCCGUGCCAGCGCAUGGGCGGCAUGGUCUCCUUCCGCACCUUCGAGGACUUUGUCAGGAUCUUUGAUGAAGUCAUGGGAUGCUUCUGCGACUCUCCCCCGCAGAGCCCCACGUUCCCCGAGGCCGGCCACGCUUCCCUCUAUGAUGAGGACAAGAGUGCCCGGGAGGAGCCCAUCCACAUCCUCAACGUGGCCAUCAAAACCGACGGCGACGUGGACGACGACGGCCUGGCUGCCAUGUUCAGGGAGUUCACCCAGAGCAAGAGGGAGUUCCCCAAGUUCUUCACCUUCCGUGCCCGGGAUAAGUUUGAGGAGGACAGGAUCUACCGGCACCUGGAGCCUGCCCUGGCCUUCCAGCUGGAGCUGAACCGCAUGAGGAACUUCGACCUGACGGCCAUCCCCUGUGCCAACCACAAGAUGCACCUCUACCUGGGGGCUGCCAAGGUGGAGGUGGGCACAGAGGUCACAGACUACAGGUUCUUCGUCAGGGCCAUCAUAAGGCACUCGGACCUGGUCACCAAGGAAGCCUCCUUUGAGUACCUGCAGAACGAGGGUGAGCGUUUGCUGCUGGAGGCCAUGGACGAGCUGGAGGUGGCCUUCAACAACACCAACGUGCGCACGGACUGCAACCACAUCUUCCUCAACUUCGUGCCCACCGUCAUCAUGGACCCCUCCAAGAUCGAGGAGUCGGUGCGCUCCAUGGUGAUGCGCUACGGCAGCCGCCUGUGGAAGCUGCGGGUGCUGCAGGCCGAGCUGAAGAUCAACAUCCGCCUGACGCCCACGGGCAAGGCCAUCCCCAUCCGCCUCUUCCUCACCAACGAGUCGGGCUACUACCUGGACAUCAGCCUCUACAAGGAGGUGACAGACUCCAGGACGGGCCAGAUCAUGUUCCAGGCGUAUGGAGACAAGCAGGGGCCGCUCCACGGGAUGCUGAUCAACACUCCCUACGUGACCAAGGACCUGCUGCAGUCCAAGAGGUUCCAGGCUCAGACCUUGGGGACAUCCUACGUCUAUGACAUUCCUGAGAUGUUCAGGCAGUCUCUGAUCAAGCUGUGGAACUCCAUGAACGAGCACGCUGUCCUGCCCCCCGCCCCGCUGCCCUCGGACAUCCUGACCUACACGGAGCUGGUGCUGGAUGACCAGGGCCAGCUGGUGCACAUGAACAGGCUGCCAGGAGGAAACGAGAUCGGCAUGGUGGCCUGGAAGAUGACCCUGAAGACCCCCGAGUACCCGGAGGGCCGGGAUAUCAUUGUCAUAGGCAACGACAUCACGUACAAGAUCGGCUCCUUCGGGCCCCAGGAGGACGUGCUGUUCCUCAGGGCCUCGGAGCUGGCGCGGGCCCAGGGCAUCCCCCGCAUCUACGUGGCUGCCAACAGCGGGGCCAGGAUCGGGCUGGCCGAGGAGAUCCGGCACAUGUUCCACGUGGCCUGGGAGGACCCUGACAACCCCUACAAGGGAUACAAAUACCUGUACCUGACUCCUCAAGACUACAAGAAAGUCAGUGCCCUGAACUCUGUUCACUGCGAGCACGUGGAGGAAAAUGGAGAGUCCAGGUACAAGAUAACGGAUAUUAUCGGCAAGGAGGACGGGCUUGGAGUAGAGAACCUCAGAGCAUCUGGCAUGAUUGCUGGAGAAUCAUCUUUAGCCUAUGAUAGUGUUAUCACCAUCAGCUUGGUGACGUGUCGGGCAAUCGGGAUCGGGGCCUACAUCGUGCGGCUGGGCCAGAGAACCAUCCAGGUGGAGAACUCCCACAUCAUCCUCACGGGCUGUGGGGCCCUCAACAAGGUGCUUGGACGGGAAGUUUACACCUCCAACAACCAGCUGGGAGGGAUCCAGAUCAUGCACAACAACGGGGUGACCCAUGGCACUGUGUGUGAUGACUUUGAAGGGGUCUACACCAUUCUGCAGUGGCUUUCCUACAUGCCAAAGAAUAUCCACAGCCCUGUGCCCAUCCUGAAGGCCAAGGAUCCCAUAGACAGGACCAUUGACUUUGUUCCCACCAAGGCCCCCUAUGACCCUCGCUGGAUGCUGGCUGGACGCCCCAACCCAAAUCAGAAAGGGCAGUGGCUGAGUGGCUUCUUUGACCAUGGCUCGUUCAUGGAGAUCAUGCAGCCCUGGGCACAGACAGUGGUGGUGGGGAGAGCAAGGCUGGGAGGAAUACCUGUAGGAGUGGUUGCUGUGGAAACGAGGACGGUGGAGCUCAGCAUUCCUGCUGAUCCUGCAAACCUGGACUCGGAGGCCAAGAUAAUCCAGCAGGCUGGGCAGGUGUGGUUCCCUGACUCUGCCUUCAAAACAGCCCAGGCAAUCAAGGACUUCAACAGGGAAGGGCUGCCCCUGAUGGUCUUUGCCAACUGGAGAGGCUUCUCUGGGGGAAUGAAAGACAUGUAUGACCAGGUGCUGAAGUUCGGUGCGUACAUCGUGGACGGCCUGCGCGAGUACCGGCAGCCGGUGCUGGUGUACAUCCCGCCGCAGGGCGAGCUGCGCGGCGGCUCCUGGGUGGUCAUCGACCCCACCAUCAACCCCAGGCACAUGGAGAUGUAUGCUGACAGGGACAGCAGGGGAGGGAUCCUGGAGCCCGAGGGCACGGUGGAGAUCAAGUUCCGCAGGAAGGACCUGGUGAAGACCAUGCGCAGGGUGGACCCCGUGUACAUGCGCCUGGCCGAGCGCCUGGGCACGCCCGAGCUGAGCCCGGCUGACAGGAAGGAGCUGGAGGCCAAGCUGAAGGAGAGGGAGGAGUUCCUGGUGCCCAUCUACCAGCAGGUGGCCAUGCAGUUCGCUGACCUGCACGACACCCCCGGCAGGAUGCAGGAGAAAGGAGCCAUAACCGACGUCCUGGACUGGAAAACCUCGCGCACGUUUUUCUACUGGCGGCUGCGGCGGCUGCUGCUGGAGGAGGCCGUGAAGAGCAAGAUCCACGAGGCCAACCCCGAGCUGACGGACGGGCAGAUCCAGGCCAUGCUGCGCCGCUGGUUCGUCGAGGUGGAGGGCACGGUGAAGGCCUACCUGUGGGACAGCAACAAGGACCUGGUGGAGUGGCUGGAGAAGCAGCUGACGGAGGAGGAGGGCGUCCGCUCGGUGGUGGAGGAGAACAUCAAAUACAUCUCGAGGGAUUAUGUGCUCAAGCAGAUCAGGAGCCUGGUGCAGGCCAACCCCGAGGUUGCCAUGGAUUCCAUCGUGCACAUGACCCAGCACAUGUCCCCCACGCAGCGGGCCGAGGUCGUGCGGAUCCUCUCCACAAUGGACUCUCCCUCCUCCACGUAAGAGCCGGGGCUGCUCCCGGCCCUGCCCGGAGUGGGAACUGCCCUUGGUGUGCUCGGGAGGCUCCGGGAGCUGCUGCAGGGACACCUGCACUGUUCCGGCCCAGAGGGAGCGUGUCCUUCGGCAGGGACACGAGGCAAACGUACAAACACGAGCAGAACAGGGCCCCGCCGGCCUCCUGUACCUUAUUUAUUGCUCAGAGCGGGGCUGGGCGCUCCGGAACCGCGAGGCCUUGGCGCGGCAGGGCCUGCAGGGACACCCCUGUCCCUCCUGUCCUUCCAGGGACACCCUGCCCCUGCAGGGACCCCCUGCCCUCCUCCCCUGCUCCCCGUGCCCGGCGGCAGCGGCAGCUCCGUGCUGACAAGUGCCAAUGUCCCCCCGUGCCCGCCCCUCUGUCACUGGUGAUUCGUGUGUCACCCUCUGUCAGUGGUGAUUUGAUUUGUGUGUCCCACGUCUGUCCUGUCUCCUAGGUAGAGGAAAACCAGCCUUUAGCUGCUGUGGCCGUGCCCCCAGGAGGCUCCCCAGGGCUGUGAAGGGUUUUGGGGGGCAGGAUUUUGGGGGCUGUACCCCCCUGGCUUUGCCUUUGUGCCCAAGUCCUUUAGAGCAGGCUGUGAAUUUUGUGAAAGGCCCUUCUGGGAGGGGGCACAAGAGACCAAAGUGCAGCUGCUCAGCGUUUCUGCUCUCCCUCCCGUGAUGUUUUCAGGGCUAACAGUGCUCAUCCCUCCCUGAGGGCAGCUGAGGUGAGGCAGGAGAAGGGACAGAGCCAAAUCCCCCAGUGGGGCUGGAACUGCAGAGGGAAAUCUCAGUCUGAGGAUCUGAGGAGAGCUUUCUCCAUCAUCCUGCCCUGCCCCAGAGCUGCCUGGGCAUGGCUGGGAGGGGCCACUCUUACCUGGAAUGUGACAAAUGUUGGGUUUGGAAUCUCAUGGCAAUGGUCAGGAGGAACUGGGUGGCAGCUGCCCAGGUCCCCCCAGGCCAGCCCACAUCCCCAACUUCUUUGUACAUGUUUUUUAUGUAAUAAAAGCUCCAAGAAGCUGCAGUGCUGGAGGGAAGCACAGCCCAGCCCUCACACACAGCUCCUGCACAGGGCUGGGCUCUCCGGGCUCACCAGUGAUGGUCCUGGAGCAAUCUCAGAUUUCACAGCCCCUCCUUAGUCCAGCAGGAAGGGCUGCAGGACAGAAGUGUGGUACAGAAGGGCUGUUUGAGGAGAGAAUGAAUCAAUGAUGCUGCCAGUGCCUCUCCCCUGUCCGUGUUUGCUCCUGAAGUGCAAUGCAGCCCUUCUGCCAGUGCUGCCAGUGACUGGAGGUGCCAGCCCGGGGCCGCUGCUCCCCUGCCCGUGGCCAGCAGAGCUCGGCCACCCGCAGGACUUGCUUUUUCUUAAUAGUUAAGAACCCUAAUUUGAUUCAAGAGAUUUUUUGUUUUCCACUAGAGCCCCCUGAACAAGCCCCAAAGACGCUUUUGCUUACGCCAGGGUGGGCUGCAGCAGGACACACAGACAGAGAAUGUGUCAGCCAGGCAGGACCGGGCCUGGUGGGCUCUCCCUGUCCCCAGGAUGCCCCGUGGUGGUGCCACCCGAGUCCCUUUUGCAGGACCUGUGUGGGAGGGUCCCUGUGCCCACAGAGCAGCCGCCACUGCAGUGUUACAGCACCGGCUCAGGCCUGGCCUCACCUGGGGCUGCAGCAGCUCCAGAGCAUCCCUUGGGUGGCACCGGGGGGCUCUGGGCCUGCUGGGGCUGUGGCAGCAGCACCUGAGAUGGCCCCAGGUGGGUUUGGGGGGGUCACCGGGUGGGGGGAACCCCCUGGGUACGAACGGUUCUCGCUGGUGCUGAAGUAUUUCACUUACCUCAAUUUCUUUUAAUAAAAAGAAUGAAUUACA